AUCUGAUUUCUUUCCUUCCUGCAUUCGCUCGUUCUUUUCUUUUUUCACUGACUCUUUCCUUCCUUCUUUCCUUUCCUUUCCUUCUUUCCCCCCUUUAUCCUCUGGUUUCUUUUUUCUUUCCCACCUUUUCCCCUCCCUCUUUAUUUUUUCACUCAGCCCUUCGUUCCCUCAUGUGUGCCCCGCUCGUUCAUUUAUUCCUUCAUUCACUCUUUGUCCCUUUCUUCUCUCAUCCUUUCAUUCCCUCGUUCCGACGUUUGUUCUUUCCUCCCCUUGUUCCUUAACUCAUGGUUUUCCUUCUCUCAGUUUUUCUUUCUGUCCUUUUUUUCCAUCCCUUUUUAUUUGCACCCAUUUUAUUUCUAUUUCUAUCCAUUUUUUCUUUCUCUCUCUAUCCAUUUGUCUUUGGUUUUUUUCUUUCUUUCCUCCAUUUUUGUCAGUUUUCUCUUCCUAUCCUUUAAUUUCCCUCUUGCUUGCUUGCUUCUAUCCAUUUUCUUUCCUUUUCCCUUUUCUUUUAUUCAUUCUUUCUUCUUCUCUCUUUGUUUGUUUUCUUUCUCCCUUUGCCCCACCCCGUCUCUCCUCCACACACCCCCAUCACACCCCUCGCUACCCGUCAGGAUGACCCAAGAGGAAGGCUUUGGCGUCGUUCUGCUCACAUCACAGCUGGCUUGGGACAGGGUGACUCACGGGCAGGAAUUCCCGCCCCGGCCCCGAGGCCGGUGCCAUAUAAACCCCGAACCCGUCCCGCCCCGAGCAGAUGUCUCCCAUCGCCAGCGCCCAGCCGCCCAUCCCAGGGGGGACCAUGGUGAAGUUCGGGGCAGGCCUCAGGCCUGUGGAUCCUGCCCGGGGCUCCGGCUUGCUCUGCUCGGCUUGUGGCUUCCUGCUCAUCCGGCCCCAGCAGACAGAGUGCGGCCAUCGGUACUGCACAGCCUGCGUCCAGCGCCUGCUGGGGGACACAGACAAGGUGACCUGCUGCGUUUGCAGCAAGAGACUGAGCCCCGACCAGUUUCACAAGGACCGAGCGGCCGAGAAAGACGCUCUCGGCACGGCCGUGACCUGCCCCAGAGCCAGCUGCAGCUGGACGGGGACCCUGGCGUCCUACCUGGAGCACCUCUGCCCCCCAGCGACGAGUCCUGGCCCAGAGGAGAAAUCAGCUCCGAAGGACCUGGAGGUCCACAUGAUGACAGGUGUCCCCCGGGGGGGCAGGUACUCCCAGAUGGAUGCCCCGUCCCUGGAUCUCCAGCGGAGGAUAGAGCAGCUGGAGGUUAUGGUGACCUCCCUGCGCCGGGAGCUCCGGAGCCAGGCCAGUGCCAUGCAAGCUGGCCAGCGCCGGUGCCUCCAGGACCAGCCGACCCCGGGGAUCUCCUCGGAGCUGGCCAGCGCCGACGGGACCCUGGUGUGGAAGCUCCAGGGGUUCUCCAGGCUGCUGGGGGACGCCAAGGCCGGGAGGAGAACGUCCAUCUAUUCCUCGGUCUUCGCCACCCACCCCUUCGGCUACCGGCUCUGCCUCCGGCUCUACCCGGACGGGGAUGGGGCCGGCCAGGGGACUCACCUGUCACUGUUCAUGGCCUUGGCCAAGGGGCCCUACGACGAUCUCCUGCCUUGGCCUUUCCUCCGCAAGGUCACCUUCUACCUCCUGGAUCCCUGGCGGAAGAGGCCAGCCCUGAGGGAGGCUUUCGCCCCUGACCCCCUCAGCACGUCCUUCCAGCAGCCCCAGGGCCAGCUCAAUGUGGCUAGCGGGAGCCCCCUCUUUGCCCCCCACGGACAACUCCAAAACUACCUCAAAGACGACACCCUCUACAUCAAGGUGGUGGUGGACACGUCCGGGAUGGGGGUGUGAGCUUGUGGGGCGAGGGGUUCCUCUGCCUCCAUACCCCCCGACUCUCCUAUUCCUCCCUCAGCUCCCCCAAAGCUCUGACCCCCUGGGCUGCCCCCUACCACCCUCCAGCUCUCCCGCCGAAGCCUUAGAAACAGCCUGCCUUGCGCGUUAGCGGCUUGGAAACCUUCCAGCUUCCCAAGGUUACUGCGGCAGGGCUGGGCCUGUUCUGAUCCCAGCUGGGAGACCUCACGCCCGAGACCCCAGUGCUCAGCGGGGACUGGGCCGUGUGGGGCCUUGCAGGGGAGACGUGGGUGUUACGCAGGCUCUGGGCUGUUGGAGUCAUUGGAGGGGAGACCCUCAGUGCUAAGCAGGGCCUGUCUCUGUGCCGUGGCCGGGAGACUGGAGGGGAGGAUAAUCCGCUCGGUUAUUGUGCUUCUCCGAUAAUUGAUUACCGUUACUAACGAUCCGUGCUGCGGGAAGGCGGCGUUUGCCGGUUUAUCGAAGCACUGAAUGGCCUAUUUAUCUAUUUAUGUAUUUAUUGGCCGGCUGCUGGUGCCCCUGGGCAGAGCCGUUCCCGCGGGAAGGGGGAAUCCGGGGCGGGGACGCUCCACGGGGGGCAGCUCCGCUGCUCUGUGGUGAGACCCCCGCACCCCGUUCCUGGAGCCGAGACAGGGGCUCGGGGCGCGCGGCCGUUGUGGGGCUCAGUGCAAGAUGGGCUGUAAUGCGCACAUAUUGUGUGUGCAUGUGUGUGUGUUUGAAUGCGCAUCUGUGUGUGAGCGUGUGUGUCUGUGUGUGUCGGUUGUGUGUGUGUGUCGGUGUGGGGGGGGUGUCGGUGUGACUGUGUCUCUGUGUGACUGUGUCUGUCUCUGUGUGUGUGUGUGUGUGUGUGUGUGUCUGUGUCUGUGUCUGCGCACGUGCUUGUGAAGCACAAUUACUACGGCCCCAGCGCAGCCGCUGGCCCAGGAUCUGUCCUGCUACCUCACCCCGUGUUGAUCCCCAGCGUCUGGUUUAUUUAUUGUGCGAUAUUGUAAUAAAAAUCUCUGUGCAUCACUCGU